GAGCACUAAGCUGGAAGUGCGUGUGUGGCUAACUCACAGUUGGCUGGGAGGUUUUAUGUCUCGGCUGCGGCUGUGCACGAGGAAGUGAAAACAAGCUGCUGGCGUGGUACAAGUUAAGACCGGACUUUGGUUUUACUUUACUUUUAAUAACGUCAGCAGACUCUUACAACAAAGAGGACACACUAACUCUUCUGCACAGUUUGGAGUAGCAGGAACCACGCUGACUGCUGGAUCAGGACUUCAGGAUCUUCUGGGGUUUUCCUGUCUCGUCUGUUUGUAUCCUCUAACACUUUUGGAACUAAACUAACUUCUGAUGGGGGAAAGUCUCCCGAGGGUGCCAGGAGGAGCCCAGCUCCACAGCAGAGCUUUGAGUAGACCGGUGCAGACCCUCAGGGUUAAGAUGGUACUUCUGGGAGGCUCAGGUGUGGGAAAGUCCAGUCUGGCACUGCGAUUUGGCAAGGAUGAGUUCAAGAAUUCAUCACCAACUGUAGGCUGUGCCUACCUCACCCGCGUGGUGCACCUGACCAACGUCACUCUUCGCUUUGAGAUAUGGGACACAGGAGGGCAGGAAAAGUACCACAGUGUCACCCCGCUUUACUACAGAGGAGCCCACGCCGCAAUCGUGAUCUAUGACAUCAGCAAACGGGAAACAUUUGUGAGAGCUCAGGUGUGGCUCCAAGAGCUCGAGAAGCAUUACAUCCCAGGAACUACUGUCAUAUGGCUGGUGGGGAACAAGGGAGAUCUGGCACAGGAUCGACAAGUCUCAGUGCAGGAAGGACAGAGUCUGGCCAAUGACAAGGGCUUAUCCUUUACAGAGACAUCAGCAUUGUCAGGGGAUCAAGUCAGAGAGCUGCUUUUGGACAUAGCCCACAGAGUACAUGAAGGCAUCGCGGAGCAGCAGGGAGGUCUGUCAGAGUGGACCGAGACCCCCACUGUGGAUCUGCAUCAGAGAAGCACACUCAGUCCUGGUGCUUCCUGCUGCAGAGUUGGACCCUGACCUCCAUGACUGUCGGUUGUAUUUCCACCAGUCAUUGUCUGUCGUCAUUUUUUCAACGCUGCAUGAGAUCAGAAGAAACAUUUAUAGCAGGAGAUGGCGAGAUUAACGGAAAAAAAGCAAAAAGCUUUUGACUAUUAUGCAGGAUACGUCUGUGGCUUUUGUUUAAAAUGUCUAAUAUGUGUAUUGUUUUUACAGCAUACUUAUAUUCACCUUUGCCAACUUGUGGUUCUUGUGAGAUGUUUGAACCUGUAGUGUGAAACUUUUGUCGCCCCCUUCUGGCAGUGGGCGCAACUUACUCAAACGUUAUCGCUGUGCUUAUCGCCGCAGCCUCUGUCACACUGUUCUGUGCUGCAGCUUCGUCCAUCGCUCCAACUUCAACUGGCAAGCCAAUCUUUGCUUCACUACAGGUGUGACAGAUUCAAAAAUUCAGGUAGAAGUACAGAGAGAUUUAUCCACUGCACUCCAGGUCUGGUAUCACAUUGAUGUCUGGGCAUUAAGUAUGGAGCUGGAGUCAGCAUGUGAUAAGGAAAGCCUGCUUCCAGACCUCUAGGCCCACAUGCUCGAGUGAAACAGCCGGUCUGACGCUGUCUAAAGAAAAGAAAUACAAACAUCUGGAAAACACAGUAACUGACACACAGCAUCACAUUUCCUCAUCGGAAAUCCAACAGAAACGUAAAGUGACAGUUUUGGUUUUGGGUUUGGGGGGGUCAAGUGCUGGAUCACAGGGGCUUCCAGGUGUUUGAACAAAGUUGAGGUUCAGCAGGACGUCUGCUGAAACGUGCGCAACCUGCAGUAAAGCUGGAGAUGCUGAACAGAAGUGCUGAGCUGAUGGAUAAACUGCUGUUUGUCAGGAAAGCUUCAAAAACUUCAAGUCACGCUUUGCUUUUGUGCUGAUUAAACAAAGGAAAUACAACAUGUUAAUUAGUGAACUUUAGCGGUGUUUUGUUUUUAUUUCGGGCAGAGAGUGGGGGCUGUUCAGUCUUUAUGCUGAGCGAGGCCUAACAGGAUCCUCCAUGUCACCUCUAGGUUUGACACACACAUAACAACACACAUUUUUUCGUUUCAGAAAGUCCCCAUCACAUGUUUUAAAUGAUGUGUUACAGAGCAGGAAGUGUUGUGAAAAUGUAAAGCAAAAGAAUCUGCUGUGCUUUGGAUUGAACUCACUAUGCAUAACAACAGAAGAAGAAACUGAAUGUUGUGCGUAUGCUUUCACAACACCGACUCAGA